AAAAGGAGGCAGCGUCCGUCCCGUCCAGGCAGCAGCAGCGCAGCGUCCCGGCUAGUCCCAUCGCCAGCGCCACCCACACCAAGAAUGGCUGGAGCGGGGGGCAAGACCGAGGGAGCGGGGGGCCAGCAGCAGGCCGCAAAGCAGCAGCCGCCGCCGCCGGCGGCGUCUCCGGGCCCCGCGGGCAUCCGCCAGGCGCAGCAGCGCAAGAAGCGCUACCGCCGGCACGCCAAGCCGCCCUACAGCUACCUGGCCAUGAUCGCGCUGGUCAUCCAGAACUCCCCGGAGAAGAGGCUGAAGCUGUCGCAGAUCCUCGAGGAGAUCCGCACCCGCUUCCCCUUCUUCCAAGAGGACUACCAGGGCUGGAAGGACUCCAUCCGCCACAACCUCUCCGCCAACAGAUGCUUCGCCCUGGAGUUAAAAGAUCCGGGCAAGCCCAAAGCCAAGGGGAAUUUCUGGACUGUCCAUGUGGAGCGCAUCCCGCCGGAGGCCCUGAAGCUGCAGAACACGGCCCUCUCCCGCCGAGGGCAGGCCGCCUUCUCGCAGGACCUGGCCCCUUACGUGCUCCGGGGCUGCUCCUACCCGGGGGGCCCCCGCAGGGAUGGUGUGGACCAGGCCCCUGCUCCUGGAGGCAGGGAGGAGGCCCCCCCACCGCCCCUGGGGAGCUCCUUCGCCAUGGCGAGCCUGCUGUCGAAGGACGCCAGCCCCGCCCCGCAAGCCGAGAGGGGCCCUGCUCUGCCCUCGCCGCCGCCGCCGCCCGCAGCCCUGACAAGCCACCGGGGCCCCCCUCCUGGCAGCCCUGGGGCCGGCGGCUGCUGUCCUUCUUCUUCCCCCGGCCAGAGCCCCCCACCGGCCGGAGCCCCUGCCCCCUCCUCCCGCGCCCCCCUGUGCCUCCACCCCCACUGCUGCUGGAGCUCCCCCCGCCGCGCCCCCCUGCACCAGCUGCCCCCCGCGCUCUGGGGCCAGCAGCCCAGCCCCUUUGGCAGCGGCAGCAGCUGUGCCCCCCACGGGCUGGCCCCCUUGCCCCUGCCCUUCCCACCCCCAGCAGGCCUCCCCUGCAGCAGCACUUACAGCCCCCCAGCCCCCGUCAGUCCGGCAUGUUGGAGCCCUCUGGCAGGGCCCCACUCCUCCCUCUCCCUUCAGCCGUGCCCCUUGGGCCCCACUGCUCCCUGCUCGGCACCCCACAGCUUCUGGGCCCCCUGCUACCCAGUGCUGUGGGGAGACUGGAGGCCCCACCUCAGCUGGGAGCCGGCCGUGAUGGUGGAGUGGCAGGCCGAGGCGUCAGCGGCUGUGGGUCUGGCUGGGUCGGCCCCCCAGGCCGCUCAACGGGGCCUACCUGCCUUCUUCAGACCAGAAUGA